GGGGCAGGUCGAGGCGCCGUUGCACGCAUCGUACCGACUGUCCGAGUGUUCGAAGACCACAAAACUAUCGGCGGCGAGACGACGGGAGUGGCUCACAAGGAUCAACAGAUCCGACAUUAGAGACGCGGCCUCACACCACCGCGUUUGCGGAGCUCAAUUUGUGACUGGCAAACCAUCCGACCUUUUCGACGUUGACCAUCCGGACUGGGCUCCCAGCUUGUCUCUUGGCCACAAGAAGAAGUAUUCUAAUAAAAUGCACAGGUACAAUCGGCGUAAAGCCAGGCAGCAAAAAGCACGGUUUGGAAAGACACGAGACCAAAAUGGCGUGCCAGUCCUCGAACCUGACUCGUGCAGCCAACCAGGAACGAGUUCUGUGGACACAGCCAGCUGCAGUGCAGGCGUGCCAGUCCUCGAACCUGACUCGUGCAGCCAACCAGGAUCGAGUUCUGUCGACACAGCCAGCUGCAGUGCAGGUGUGGCAGUCCUCGAAACUCACUCAUACAGCCAACCAGGAACGAGUUCUGUCGACACAGCCAGCUGCAGUGCAGGAGUGCAGACCGAUCUCACUUUUGGGCAAAUUGAAGCAAUCGAAUCUACUAGCCUUGUGCAGACGGCCGAGAUCCACACGCUAAUGGUCAACCUUUCCGCACAUAAGCUGGAUGAGGAGGCAUUAAAACAAAACCAGGGGCUGGUUCAGUUUUACACAGGCCUCCCCAACAUCGAAGUGCUCCAGGCGGUGUUUGAUCUGGCGAAGGGCUCCGUGUCACACACACCCCUCAAUUGCCUGAGCCAGUUUGAAGAAAUGAUGGUGCUGUUCUUACGUCUCCGUCUCAACGCACAAAUGCUGGACCUUGCUUACCGGUUUCAUGUCUCGGAAUCUACUAUCUCGAGAAUUGUUCACCGUUGGCUGGACGCUCUGUACCAGUGUCUCCAGCCCUUCAUCUCCUGGCCCUCGAAGAAAGAACUUCAGGAAACAAUGCCUAUGGGGUUCCGAAUGUCGUUUGGCGUGGAUGUCGUCGUUGUAAUGGAUUGUUUUGAACUAUUCAUAGACAGAGCCACGUCAAUGAAUCCACGCUCAUUGACGUGGUCUCAGUACAAGCACCACAACACCGUUAAAUAUCUGAUAGGCAUCGCACCCCAAGGUGUAGUGACCUUUGUUUCACGUGGUUGGUGCGGGAGAACAAGUGACAAGGCUGUAAUUGAGUCAUGCGGCAUACUAGACAACCUUGUUCCAGGCGACUCAGUGUUGGCAGACAGGGGGUUUACGACCGCGGAGUCUGUUGGCCUGCGUGGUGCCCGCCUCCACCUCCCUGCCUUUACCAGGGGGCAGGCACAACUGGCCCCCUGGGAGGUGGAGCGGACGAGAAAAAUUGCAAAUGCCCGCAUACAUGUGGAAAGGGUGAUUGGACUUGUGAGAAACAAGUACCCAAUCCUGAAGGCAACCCAAUCCUUCGACAUGCUGCUGCUGCGAGACGAAGACUUGACUGUGCUGGACCAAACGGUCUUUCUCUGUGCGGCACUGACUAAUCUGUGCGACUCUGUUGUUCCCUCAGACUAGUGCAGCAUUGGGACCAGGUUUGGUAAUCAUGAUAAA